GACAGGGUGGAGAGGUUGAUGGGACACAGCUGUGACCCAUCACCUGAGUGAUUGCUGCUCCUCCACCCUGCCACAGUCAUGUUUUUGCUUCAGCAGCUGCAAAUGUGUUGCUUUCGAUUUGUUGGUGCACAGUUGAAAAAAAAGAGGAAAAAGAAAACCCAGAACUGAAAAAGGAAAUCGGCAACUGCAGCAUCGCUUCACUUCAACAGAUUACUAGAGGCACGGCUUCAGACUGCAGCUGAGCUGAGAGCCAUGAAUCCCACUCAACCAGCUGAGAGAUAUUCAAGUGAGAGUCUUCCCAUGCACGGACGAAUGGAGAUGUUCUCUGGAGACCAAGACCCUCUGACAUCGGUGCAAUACACCACUAUCAACAUGGUGACCGAGCCCCCGAAGGACCACAUCGUGUGGUCCCUCUGGUGUUUCUUCUACGGAAACCCCUGUUGCCUCGGACUGGCAGCACUCAUAUUCUCUAUCAAGGCCAGAGACCGGAAGAUGGUUGGAGAUAUGCCUGGCGCCCGGCACUACGGCUCCACCGCCUGUUGCCUCAACACCGUGGCCACGGUCCUGGUUUCCCUCUCAAUCAUUAUUGCCAUUAUUACAGUCAGUGUCAUACUAGCACAGCUCUCCAGGUUAUAGAUACAGAAGAUAACCACCGUGACCUGGUGAUGCCCGUGUAGCUUCUUUGCUGUUUUCAUUUAACUUUUUCUGCCAUUUGUAACUUUUCCUUUUUUUACUUCAGCAAAAUAAGAAAGACUUUUGAGUGCCGGGCUUCCUGUUGGCUUUUUUAUUUUUAUAUCUGUAAUUAUUCACCCUGUUGAGGGUAUGUCAUCAUGACUUACAGUUGGUGGUUAAGCACUUUUGUAACAGGAAACGCUAACCAAAGCAGAUUUCCAGAUAAACUCUUUGAAACCGUUUUGCAAUAACAAUACUUCUAAGUUUUCCUUUCUUAAAAUCAAUCUUGAAAGUAGAAUCAACCUGUUAUAAAAUUCUGACUUGUUUUUCUCAACAUUUACAUCUAAAAUAAAAAGUUUACAUAUUCCAA